UUGCGUUGUCUCUCAGGUGCCUUACUCCAACUUCAGACAUUCUCGAUUACAGUUACGUGCGAUUACAUACGUGGGAAGAGAAGCCCGUUCUGGCGACGUUUUAAGCCUUUUUUUUAAAAUCAUUUAUUUCCGUGUCUUUAUGAACACAUUCGGGGUCGAUAACCUCGUCGUGUUCUGAGCACCUCGGCGGACCAGCACCACGCGUCGGUUCCAACCCAGCGACAUGGCUCGACCACGGCCGCGGGAGUACAAGGCAGGAGAGCUGGUCUUCGCUAAGAUGAAGGGCUACCCGCACUGGCCGGCGAGGAUCGAUGAGCUUCCAGAGGGAGCCGUCAAGCCACCUGCCAACAAGUACCCCAUCUUCUUCUUUGGGACCCAUGAGACCGCUUUUCUAGGAACCAAGGAUCUGAUACCCUACAAUGAAUACAAGGACAAAUUUGGGAAAUCGAGCAAAAGGAAAGGCUUCAACGAAGGCCUGUGGGAGAUUGAGAACAACCCUGGUGUCAAGUUCACUGGCUACAAGGCAGCGCAGCCCCAGGCUUCAUCUGAGGCAGAGGAGGGGGGCAACGCCGCUGAUGGCAGCGGAGAGGGUGAGGAGGGGGACUCGGUGGAGGAGGGAGAAGACAAGCAGAAAGGAGAGAACACUGGAUUCAAGAGGAAAAAAACAUCAGUCUCCAAGAUGUCCUCCAAGUUAUCAAGGAUUUCAUCUAGAGAAGAGACUCUGGAGAAAGAUGGGAAGGAGGAGGACCAGAGGUGCAGCUCAGAGGCAGCGGACCCUGACGACAGUCUCCAGAACACCACAGACAAACCAGCUUUUCAAGGAAGACCACUGAGUGCAGACUCCUGAAAAGCCUCACCUUUUUGUUGUGUGAAUUUAACACGAGGAGUUUGUGGCCGCCUCCUCUCUUCGGUUUGUGUUUGUAUGGAAGACGCGCACUUUUAUACUGACACAUAUUGGGUAAUUAUCGACAUGUAUUUGUUGUAAAACCGUGUACCUGUACAUACAAAGGAAGUAGAGAAGUGAGUUGCAUCGAAAGUCCAAAACACAGUCCCGAAGCACCACGGUGAGUUUUCACCAAAAGACCAAAAAAAUACAUUUAGAAUGGGAACAAGCCGUCAUGCAAUGUAAUGUCAUGUAGGGAGUAGGGGUGGGCGAUACGGCAACAAUAUCAUAUCACGAUUUUUAAAAAUUAUCUAAUCACUAUUGUGUCACGAGUAUUUUUGAGACUAGUUUCUGAAACUAGAAAAAGAAGUCUAUUUAGGAAUAAGCACAUAUUUUUGUGAGUGUAUGCAAAGAACCUAAAUAUAACAAAAGGUAAACAACAACACACUGAUAAAGACAGCAACAUCAAAGUCAAUAAACACGUAACCUCAUAAAACAUCAGUGAAGACUAUUUGCUUUCAUCGACAUGCCGUUUUAACAGGAUUCAAGUGCACCAAUAGCUUUUUCUGAACAUGGUUUGAAGUAAAGUAACUAUUUUGAACAGAACAGAUCAAACGACGAUGUCUGGUUAUUGAGCGUGAUUAUUAAAGGAUCAGCAGCUUCAGAACAUCUUCAUCUUCCAUCCAGUUUAAUCUUCUACACGACAGAUUCCUAUCACAGAUUAUGAGCCUGGAAAACCACUUUGUUCACUUUAUCUGACUUGGACUGUGUAAAGGUUGUCAUACAGUUCCUUACUUACCUUCUUUUCCAACAUUUCAUUCUAGUUCAGUGGAGUUCACUGAUAAAUCUCCAACAUGAAUUAGCUCAGAGACUCCACCAGUGUCGAUAACGGUUUGAGGUGAGACGUCACCUUAGCCGUUAGCAUCGAAGCGCAGUCUUUAACGUCGCGGGUCAAACUUGGAACACUCACGUGGUUCUGCAGUGACGGCGAGUGGUCGAGUUAGAGGCACAGCAGGUGAAGAAAGACGCAAAGUCGCCCACCCCUGGUAUGAAGCGUAAAAUACAUGAAACAAAACCGAAAAACGGUUCGUUAUUCGUGAAAUGUGUUUAAUGGCCAGCGAAAAUUCAAAAUUAAAAUGUAAUAGAAAUGCAUUCAUAUACAGUGGUACCUCGGUUCUCGACCACAAUCCCUUCCAGACGGUCGUUCAAAAUCUGAAUCGAUUUUUCCCAUUAUAAUGAAUGGAAAAAGAAAUAAUGCGUUCCAAGCCUUAAAAUAGUCUUUUGUAGGAAUGAAUGUAGAGUGUCUGCUGCAGGUGGCUGUUCCUCUAUGUGUGUGGCCGCUGCAUGUGGGAGGGGUUGCCGAGUGAGUGACGUCUCUCCAGAAGUGAAGAGGUGCCCGGUGCGUGUCCAGCUCUGAAUGUGCGCUUCUGUGCAGUUUGGCUGUGACAAAGUCAUAAACCAAGUCACGCUCUGUCCCAGACUGGCCUCAUCCCUGUCCCAGCUCCAGCCCACAACAGGACAUCAAACCCUGGAGUGAGCGCUCCAGCACCUCCCCUGUGACACUCUACCACGGUCCAGUGUGGAGACAGGAAAGGUUUUACACCUCAAUACGAAGAAAAAACAGUCUGUAAAUGGAGCUAACGGGACACGUCUGCAUAGGCUGCGUUAUACACAGUAACAAAGCGCGUCGUGGGUCAGCUGAUCGGUCCGCGCACGUUAUGGUUUUUCCGGCGGCAUUCAAGUUCUGGAUUUUCAUAAAAAAUCCGAAGCAAAAAAAUAUCAAAAUUUUUGUUCAAACUCCGAUUUGUUCGAAGUCCGAGACGUUCGAAAACCAAGGUACCACUGUACUUAAAAACCCGUCCUAAUUUUGUGACAACAGUGAUCGUGAUAGUGACCUUUUCCUGAGCAGACGAUAAUGUGGUUUCAUUGUAGCGAAGUAUUAUUCUGUCCAAUCUGAGUCGAGUUGAGAACUACUGCUGGCUGUUGCGGAAGUUCACUUUAGCCACUGUGUUCUGUCUGUGAGGGGCAGGGAGUGUGGAGGUAACUGGUCAGGACUCAACAUCACAACACAGCCUCGCCUCUUUUAAAAGACAGAAACACUCCUUGUACAGGAAAUGCUUGUGUCCCGAGAAAGUAUUGAUGCUGUCAUAUUGUCUGUGUGUUAUGUUGAGUAUUGCAAUGUAAAACUUAUGAGUUUUUUUAUUUUUUAUUUUAGACGACUGAUGCUAAAGUGCUUUUCACCAUGAGCUACUUUGUUUGGGUCAACAGUGGCCAAUGAUGUUGAUACUUUUGUUUGUUUCUAAAAGUGUUGAUGAUGAAGAAAAGCUCCAUCCAGAUGUUUGAUGCUGUUGUUCAGUCAUAAGUCCCGACUUUGGUGACGGCUGCGCUCUUGUAUGUGUCGACCAACUGCAGCAGACCAACAGGAAACAAGAUACAAUCCAUUCUGUGGCUCUUUAAAUAAAGAGCGACGUGGAGAUAAAACGCAGCCGAUAUGCAGCAGAGGAUGUGAUUGGGCGCUCCCUGAGACUCAUGCCUUUAAUGCAAACCUUGAGGUGCACAAACACGUGGCUGAUAUGAAACCUGAAAGACGAUGGAGAGAGCAACGACACAUAGCCACAGGUUUCCCCCCCGAUACGCUCUUAUAUUCGGAGACUCAGCCCUGACUCGUCUGUAUGAGGCUGUGGUGUUGCUAACUUUAGCUUGAGCUGUAAACACAGGCAGAAAAAUACACCCAUUAGCUCAUAUUUCCGACAUCCAUUACGACCUUUGGCACCUUCCCCUGCUUUACAUACUCUACAUCUGGGACUGUGUCUCCAGCUUACAGGGGUGUGUUCAGUGUGGAGUUUUAUUUCACUACUACAUCAGUGAAACUGUGUUUAGAAUGGCUGGGCUACUUUUUUGUUCCCUGAUGGGUGGUCACAUGACAGCAGCAUGACCUUCUGUGGUGGGAGGGAAGCUCUCAUUCUCCUCUCCCGUGGGACCUCUGUCUCAAAGUUUCCCCUCUGGACGGUGGUUGGUCUGGGCCGGAUCACCGUUGCUCACCAUACAUUUCUGGUUUCUGGUUCAAAUGCUCGCACCAGCUCUGUUCUUAUUGGACGCCUUCUUCGAAAUAUGUGUCUGUAUAUUCUCUGUCAGUGACGAGGUUUCAUGAAACAAUAGUUCCCACCUCUACUUUCCUCGGAUUUAAUAUCUAGUUUUCCGCUCUAUUCCAUCGGUCUGUAAUAUAACUUCAGAUAGUUUCAGUAGCUGUAAAGACUCAAUGAGUAGGCCUCCAAGAAAAUAACAUUGUUAUUAUUAGUUAAAACAGAAAUGGUUUUAUACUGUUUACUUAUACUAGUAUUCAACGGAUGUAUAUUAAUGGAGCCUUCGUCCAAACACUGCAUGCCAACAGUCCCACUGUCUCUUCCUGUUCGUCACUGUCGGUCAUGUAACGCCAAGUUAGUCUGGUCAAGUUCUGGACGUGUCAAGUGAAAUAAAGAGAUUGACAAUACA